CGGGGUGGACAGGUAGGAGCGACCUCGACGCCGCGCUCCCGGAAGUACUGGGGUGUCCGACAUGGAGAUGGCCGAGCGGCGCUCUCAGUAGCCUGGCCUAAGGCAGGUGCCAUGGCCCUGAUUGAGGGGGUGGGGGACGAGGUGACUGUCCUCUUUGGGGCACUCCUCUGUCUCCUGGUGCUGGGCCUGGCCUGGAUCUCUACACACACCUCAGAACAAGCUGAUCUGCUGCCCCAGGACUCAGGGACCCCCUCCCCAACACAGUCCAGAGAGGCUGCGGUAUCCACAGUCAGCAACAGCCAGGAUGCUUCAGGAUCUGAGGCCCCCACACUGAGACAUCGAGUACCAAACUUACAAUCAGAGCCUGGUACAGGAUCUUCAGAAGCACCACCCCCCAGCUCUCAGCCAGGGCCCUUGGUGCUUAGGCUGAAGUUCCUCAACGACUCAGAGCAGGUGGCUAGAGCCUGGCCCCAGGAUACCAUUGGCUCCUUGAAAAGGACCCAGUUUCCAGGCCAGGAACACCAAGUGCGACUCAUCUACCAAGGGCAGCUUCUAGGAGACGAUGCCCAGACCCUGGGCUCGCUUCACCUCCCCCCCAACUGCGUUCUCCACUGCCACGUGGCCGCCAGAGCAGGUCCCCAACACCACGGCUGCCCACCGGGGUCAGAGACCGGCCCCUCGGGGUUGGGAGUGGGCAAUCUGCUGCUCCCCCUGCUGCUUCUCGGGCUGACACUGCUUUGGUACUUCCAGAUCCAGUACCGACCCUUCUUUCCCCCAAUCGCCACCCUGAGCCUGGCCGGCCUCACCCUACUGGUCAGUCUCCUGGCCUUCGCAAUGUACCGCCGCUAGUGCCUGCGAGAGCCCAGGGCCAAAGCCACCCCGGACCCCAUUCUCCGCGGCACAGCGGGAGCUGCUGCCUCCCUCGGCCCGCAGCUCGGCCAUGCCUCUUUCCCCUGCCCUGGAGCCCGGCUCUUCGGAGAGAGCUGCGAGGGUCCGUGGAGCCCUCCCCGUGUGACCAGCACUGCUCCCGGCUGGCUCCCGGGACCCCACUGACGGCGGCCGCCUCCCAGCCGGGCAGCUGUUGCUCCUGCCUGGGGGUGCAGGGCAUGAUGUCCAAGCCCUUGGGCCCCCCGAACGCCCAGCCUGCCCAUGCGCCGUGAGAGUUGCCAAUGACGCCCAGAGCGGCGCUGCCGCAGCCGGCCAGGACCGUGCGCCGCUCUGGCUCUUUGCCUAGACUGCGAUUAAAAACGAAAAUGUGAAUUUCCUGCGCUGCCCGGGGGGGGGGGGGGUGAGUGAGUGAGUGUGCGGGGGUGGAGGGGCCUGGGGACGGGCCCGAUUCCCGGCGCCAGCAUUGAGCAGCUGUGCCCCCACCCCAAGUACAACGGGGCGGGGGCUGACAUGUACUACCUACCUCACAGGGCUGUUGUGAGGGACGCGCUAUAUAAAGAUAAGCUGUUACUCUA